CGCUAUUUCCUUGUUUCCAGAAUCCUUAGCGCGAGGCGGAAAAAUACUCUUCUCGGAGUCUGGUGAUGCUGCAGUCUUACUAAGGCUUCUUUCCUUGAGUUCUCUGUUGUUUGUCCAGGAAAAUGGCAGCCCCCGAGCAGCCGCUGCCAUUAUCAAGGGGAUGCCCGAGCUCCACUUCGCUUUCGCCGCCUCGGGGUGACCGAACCCUUCUGGUGAGGCACCUGCCGGCCGAGUUGACCGCCGAGGAGAAAGAGGACUUGCUGAAGUACUUUGGGGCACAGUCAGUUCGCGUCCUGUCGGAUAAGGGGCGACUGAAACAUACAGCUUUUGCUACUUUUCCUAAUGAAAAAGCAGCUAUAAAGCUCAACUUUGAUUCUGUGUAUCCUAGGUCUGAUGACCCUGUUGAAGACGAUAAAGAAAAGAAAGAACUUGGUUGUUUAACAAUAGAAAAUGGAAUCGCACCAAACCAUGGGCUGACUUUUCCUCUUAAUUCAUGCCUCAAGUAUAUGUACCCACCACCUUCCAGCACAAUCCUAGCAAACAUAGUAAAUGCUUUGGCAAGUGUGCCUAAGUUCUAUGUUCAGAAUGAACAAACUAAUGGAACUAGCAAAUCUUCAGCCCAAAAGACCAAAAACAGUAAAGCAACACCAUGUGAGAAAAAAGCGAAAGAUAAAGGAUAUGUUGAGUACACCUUCGUCUGCUUCACACAGUAUGAAGACUAUAUGUUACUGCAUGCACCUCUUCCACCCACAUCUCCUAAGCCACCUGAGGAACCUCCUUUGCCAGAUGAGUAUGAGGAGUUAUCUAGUAAAGAAUCAGAAUAUGAAAGCAGUGACGAUGAGGACCGACAGAGGGAUAAGAAGAUUUGGGAUGAAGAUUUGCCCGCUACCGAAGUUGAUGCACCCAAUAUGGGAUUUGGAAAAAUCUUCCCCAAACCUAACUUGAACAUCACAGAGGAGAUUAAAGAAGACUCUGAUGAAAUGCCAUCAGAAUGCAUUUCUAGAAGAGAGUUGGAAAAGGGCAGAAUUUCUAGAGAAGGUAAUGUCAUGAGAUAAACAAAGCACAUAUUCCAUUUUACAUUUCUUUCACUCUACAGAAACAAAAUAAAUUCCUUCAUUAUCAUUUACCUUUAUUUAAGGCACACACUUCAAAACAUCUCUCCAGUUAAUGACCUUAAAUUUAUUUUUGGAAGAUAUGUUGACUUUUCAUCAGAAACACAACGGAUCAUGUUUGAUAUACGCUUGAUGAAAGAAGGUCGCAUGAAGGGACAAGCUUUCAUUGGACUUCCAAAUGAAAAAGCAGCAGCAAAAGCCUUAAAGGAAGCUAAUGGAUAUGUUCUUUUUGGAAAACCCAUGGUGGUUGUAUCCUUUAAAUCAAUCUGUUUCAAAACUAUAUAA